AUGAGUAUGGAGCCGGACGGGGGCAGGGGCCAACCUCGCCGCGUGGCAGACCAGCCAUUGCCGCCCCUCCACAGCUUCAAGAAUCUGCACAGAUUCGCCGUGACUUGCUCGGGUGAUAUACCCCGACUAUACUGCGAGCGAGAAAUCAUACCGCUGAUCGAAGCAUCGGGAGCAUUGAUCGAAUUCUCCGUACAGAACUUUGCUACCUCAGCGAAUAAGUGGCUUGUGCAGGAAUGCGUCUCAUUACAGCGUUUCUUCGACACUCCCAAGCCUGCCUUGCAGACACUAGACUUAGUGCGUGUUCCCCUUCCCAGCCCUGGGCUAAAAGAAGCGCUGCCAUCUAGGCUCCGCCAGCUGAGCCUCUCAACCCCUCCAGCCUCUCGUGGCGUGGAUUUCGACUGGAAAGCACUAUGGUCCAGCCUGCGGGAAACCCGCACAGAGCUAUCCGCGCUCAAAGUGUCCGGUUCGGAACGAGCAAUGGAUGACAUAUUCCAGUACUUGCUCAGCUACAACGGACUGCAAAAGCUAGAGAUCAUGCAUCUGCAAAUGGACCAUCAACACGAGGAAGACAAUUUGGCAGCAACGUUUUGGGAUAAGAUUGCUCUUGUGCUCUGCAGCUUGGAAAUACCUCUUGAGACAUUGGUGCUGACAUCGACGCGGGCGGCCGCCGCUCGUGCCACUGAUAUGUACCACUUGAACAGCGGCACUCGGUCGAAGGGUAGUCCUCAAGUGUAUCGCGCAAUGCAGCAGCGCAGACAAAUGGUAAACGGGAUUGAAGCCGUGUUGCUCGGAAUACGAGCCCCGGUAGAGUCUGCAGUGAACUGGCCAUUGACCGUGGUGGUGGACUCGUCUUCUCAGCUUUGUCGUGAAAAGGCGAAUAGCGUUGUGUAUUACAAAGAGGAGAGCACAGAGGAUGACUAA